AUCUGUGAAGCUUGGGGACAACAACAUGAGUUUCAUACUUCUGGUCUUUUGCAUAUUCCUUUUCCCAGGAUAUAAAGCCCAAGCUCUGUCCUACGAUUACUCCUCCAGCAUCCAAUGUCUAGAGAACCCCCAAAAGCCUUUGUACGAUGGGGGAAUCAUCAAGAACCCAGAAUUCAAUAAUGGACUUCAAGGCUGGACUCCAUUUGGAGAUGCUCAAAUACAACACACAGUGUCCAGAGGCAACAAAUAUAUCGUGGCUCAUAGCAGAAAUCACCCAUAUGAUAGUGUUUCCCAGAAGAUUUAUCUGCAAAAGAACAAACUCUAUUCAUUAUCUGCUUGGAUACAAGUGAGUGGGGAAAAUGCAGCAGUUUCAGCAGUUAUGAAAACAAGAGAAGGAUUCAAACAUUGCGGUGCUGUCAUUGCAGAGCCUAAUUGUUGGUCCAUGAUUAAGGGUGGCCUCCUAGCUGUUGCUUCAGGACCUGCUGACCUCUAUUUUGAGAGCAAUAAUACUUCUGUGGAGAUAUGGGUAGACAGCAUUUCCUUACAGCCAUUUACACAGAGACAAUGGAGACUUCAUCAGGAAAAAAGCAUUGAGAAGACACGCAAGAAAAAGGUACUAAUACAAGCAGUUGAUGAAAGAGGUCACCCUUUAUCAAAUGCAAGCAUAUUCUUUGAGCAAAAAAAACCAAGCUUUCCAUUUGGGAGUGCCAUAAACCAGAACAUCCUCAACAACAAUGCCUAUCAAAACUGGUUCACCUCAAGAUUCACGGUCACAGUAUUUGAGAAUGAAAUGAAGUGGUACAGCACUGAAGGAAGUCAAGGCAAAGAGGACUACUCUGUUGCUGAUGCAAUGCUGCAAUUUGCCAAGCAAAACAACAUCCCCGUUCGCGGUCACAACAUAUUUUGGGAUGAUCCUAGUCAGCAGCCAAGCUGGGUUCCCUCACUCUCACCAGAUCAGCUUACUUCAGCAGUUCAGAAAAGGCUCAAUUCCGUAGUGUCAAGAUACAAGGGUCAGCUUGUUGCUUGGGAUGUGGUUAAUGAGAAUCUGCACUUCUCAUUCUUUGAAAGCAAACUUGGACAAGAUUUUUCACCCAAGAUUUAUAAUGAUGCUCACAACAUUGAUGCACAAACCACUUUGUUCUUGAAUGAUUUCAACACCAUUGAAGAUAGUAGAGAUGGUUCAUCAACCCCGGCAAGGUACCUUGAGAAGCUCAGACAAAUCAAAAGCUAUCCAGGUAAUGAUGGAUUGACCAUUGGGAUUGCUCUGGAGUCCCAUUUCUCUGGCCCUCCUGAUCUUCCUUACAUAAGGUCUUCUAUUGAUACCCUUGCUGCCUCUGGUUCACCAAUUUGGAUCACAGAAUUGGACGUCAAAAGCCAACCUAACCAGGCACAGUACUUAGAGCAGAUUCUGAGAGAGGUUCAUUCUCACCCAAAGGUUCAGGGCAUUAUUAUGUGGACACCAUGGAGUCCUAGUGGGUGUUACCGCAUGUGCUUGACUGAUAACAAUUUCAAGAACUUGCCUACUGGGGAUGUUGUGGACAAGUUGCUUCAUGAGUGGGGAUUUAAUACAAAAUUGAAAGGAACAACAGACCCAAAUGGGUUCUUUAAGGCAAAUCUUUUCCAUGGUGAUUACCAAGUGAAGGUCAGACACCCUAUUUUGAGAAACUUCACUUUAACUAAGCAUAUGCAAAUUAUGCCAGCAGAUGAACCUAAGCACGUGACUCAAGUUUUACAACUUUCCGUUUAAUUAUUAGGCUCUUUUACAUAUUGUGGAAUAUAUGACCCUAUAUAUAAAAGUGGUCUUUAUUAUGACUAUAUUUUUGGGUUUG